CGACGCUGUCUUCACUCGGGAGCGCUGCUGUAUGGAAUCAGACAAUGAUCCGGAGUGUUGGCACUGGGCUCGCUGGAACCUGCAGAGCAUGCUGCGACUUAUUGACGCCCAACAGGCAAGUUCGCCCACAUUCCAAGUGCAGGCGGCUGCCUUGCAGCGUUACGUGGAAGAUGAGGGGCUGCUGUACUUCUUUUGCUGCAGCGGCUUUCACAACGAGUACUGCUGGGGUCCAGCUGUUCAGCAGACGUUGAUGCCGGACCCGGACGCUUGGGAGGGAGUGGCGGAUAUUACUCCCUGGUAUCCUCGAUGCUGUUUCCCGCGACUUCGUGGUAUGCUUGAGGCGCCUAUACCCCGCUGGAUGAAGAAGCAGAUCGAUAGGGACCUGCAAAAUAUGGCCACAGCGGAGCACCCUGGUCUACCUUGGCCGCAGAAGGAUGCUUGGAAGCCCAGUGGAAGACUCUCUGGUGCAAGUUGUAGAGAAAGCCAAGGAUUCUUGUCGUGGGCACUUUACGCGUUUUUGGUAAGUUCUGGUAUAGCAGUGAUCGCAGCUUCCCCGGGUGGCCUUGGGAGCCCCGCGGGCAGCGUCGGUGUGCGCGAAGCCCUGCGUAGCAUCGCGGCGGAGGUGGAGCGCGGCAGACCCGAGACGAGCCCGACGGAUCCCAGAUUCGCAGUGCGGAGGAGGAAGUUGGAACAAGCGCGGGUGGAGUUGGUGGAGGGAUUGAGCCAUGGCGAAGUGUGGGAACUGUGGAGUCCAAAGUGUGAAAAUUGUCAGCACCUUGAGACCGUGCAUGCUGAAGCUUCCAGCAAGUUCUUCAGGGAGAUUGAACAUUUGCGAAGGGCCCUGGCAAAGAUGUUAGAUUCUGCCAAGGACUACAUGCCAGCGCAUGUUCUUAGAAACUUGCAGGAGUCACUACAAUUGGAUGUGAGGUAUCUGACCAAACCUGAAGAAGGCGAAGGAGGCCCCUUACCUCCAGUGCCAGUGCCGGAAGUCGUCGAUCAGAGCGAACUGAUCGAACGAUUGAAGCGACAAAUCGCUGAUCAGGACAAGCAACUGGUGGAGAAGAAGUAUACCAUCAAGGACCUGGAAGAGGAGCUGCGGAAGCUCCAGGAGCAGCUGAAGGAGGCGGGGAUGGUCGUCUCCCCCACGCGGCAGCGGCCCAAGAAGGCACUGCCCGAGCAUCGGGAGAUCCAAACGGAUCCGUGGAUGCCGUUUCCACCGAAACAGGAGGUGGCACCAGUGGUGGAGGGUCCCAAGAUUGUGGAGCAACCGGCAGUGGUGAAACCCAAAAAAGAGAAGAAACCGAAAGCUGUGGAGCAACCUGACAGCGACAGCAGCGAUGAGACCCCAGCGAUCGAAAAGGUCAAGAAGCCCAAAAAGGUACCAAAGAAAGAAGAAGUACCUGUGGUUGUCUCGACCGGCAUCGACCCGGAUGUCGUGAGGAAAUUGCAAGAAGAGCUGGAGCUGCUGAAGAUGAAACUGGCGGCCGCGGAGAGGGAACUGGCCCAGAUGCAGGAGCUGAAGGAUGAGAUCGAACGACUCAAGGCGCUGCUGCGGGAGAAAGACAAGAAGAAGCCAGCCGAGAGUAAGCCGCGCAAGACCUUCGAAGACAAGUGUGUGGGCAACGGACCCGGCUGGAGCAAAGCGGAAGAACCAAAGCAGGAAGUGAAAAAGACCGAAAAGGUCCGAGAAAGGCCCGCCGUGGAGCAACCGAGCGUCGCUCCCAGCGAGCCUCCCACGGCGCCCAGCACGGCGGAGCCGGAAGUGGCGUCACUGGCGCGCGUGCAGAGCGGACCGGCGCUGCCCACGGAGCCGGUGAUGGCGAAGAAAGGGGCUGUGAAGACGUCCACCUGGUCCGGUGUGGCCUCGGCCAAGCAGCUGCCAAGAGAGGCGCCUGCAGAGGCAGAGCCGUACCUGACCCAAGUGUGGGAGCAGCAUCCCAAGGGCCACAAGGCGCCGGUGAAGCGGGAGCUCAUCAAACUGGGCGCCGUCUCUCCGGCGCGGCAGAAACUCUCCACCCUGGAACCUGUGGAACCUGUAGAACCUACCGAGACGACGGCCAAGAGGUUGUCGAUGUCGGCGUCUGAUGCCACGAUGAAACUUCCUGAGGGCUGGCACCAUGUGGAGGGGAUUGAGCAUGAGGAAGCUCCCGCUGCAGGAUGA